CGCUUUCAGUUUCCGAGCCCUGCCUGCCUGGUGGCUCCCCGCCCACCGCUGCUCUCUGCUGCCUGCCUGCCUGGCUGUUGGACGGACUGGGGCAGAUCCGAGCCGACCAGUUCCGCGUUCUCUCCUCGCCCAGUACACGGACCAGACUGAACAGGAGGACCUGGCAGUGUCAUGGUGGACAUUCCUGCCCAGCCGCGGCAUCCAUAACUCCGGGGGCAGAGGGAAAGUGUGGACGGAGGUAACUUCAGUUUGAGAUUAAAAGGUCAUCAGACAAUCCUGUGUCACUGUGUGCCACUAGAAGAAUGAAGACGUCAACAGCAGCAGCACCAUAAUGACCAAUGAACAGACUGGGAUGAGGCUGACUACGCACAAGUCUUUGGCCUCACUGUCGGCAGCUGACCUUUGACCCCUCAUGGAUUAAAAAUGGCACUUUGGCUGAGACAGGGAGGGAUCUUACUCUUCAGGAAUUCUGGGAAUUUAACAAACAUGUUUGCUUGAAACAGGAUUGCACAGACUGGAACGGCCUGGUGUCUUUUUAUUUCAAUGGGAGUAACAUGCUUCAGUGAAGAUGGAAUAAGAUCUGAGUGGGAGAUGUUCCUAAAGAAAAACUGACUUCAAAAUAGCAUUUGAGUCAAGGAUGGAGCAGGAUUUUACACAGAAGGAUCUCGUAUCUAUCUCAUAAAUUGUGGAUAGUGAACACUUGUAUGCACUAUCCUGGACUAGCAUUAGCCAGAGUGAAGAUCCCAACCCUUUACACCCAAUUCAACUUCAAACAAAAAUCCUAAUUCAACUCUAGCAGGCAAUAUUAGCCUGUAACUGUAACCUUUUCCAUUCCUCAUUGUUGUGAAUGGGCGUCUGACUCUUCUAAAGCUAGAAGGUGACGUUUCCCUUCAGCUUCAAACUGUAACUCCGACUCCUGCUCAGUAUCUUGCUGUAGCGGCGCUAAAAAAGUCCAAACAUGGCUGCUACAGGAAGGAAGCACUUGGUGAGAGACUUUAACCAUUUCAUCACCUGUUACCUGUGUCGAGGUUACCUAAUUAAACCGACCACGGUCACCGAGUGCCUGCACACCUUCUGUAAGAGCUGUAUUGUGCAGCACUUUGAGGAAAGUAAUGACUGUCCUAAAUGUGGCAUUCAGGUCCAUGAGACCAACCCACUGGAGAUGCUCAGGUUGGACAACACCCUGGAGGAGAUCAUUUUCAAGCUGGUGCCCGGACUCAGAGAAAAAGAGGAACAGCAGGAACUCGAAUUCUGGAAGAAGAACCAGCCCAAACAAAACGGCCAAGAAAAGCUGCCUGAUGUUGGAGGCGAUGAUGGUGAUGGUGGUGAUGAUGAUGGUGACGAUGGCGGCGAUGAAGACUACCACAGGAGUGACCCUCAGAUAGCCAUCUGUCUGGACUGCCUACGCAACACGGGACAGUCGGGGGAGAGCACUGUCACGGAUUUGAUGAAGAGGUUCAUCCGCUGCUCCAGUAGAGUCACUGUGGGAACAAUUAAGAAGUUUCUCAGUCUUAAACUAAAGCUGCCUAGCUCUUAUGAGCUGGAUGUGCUGUGUAACGGAGAGAUCAUGGGCAGAGAUCACACUCUGGAGUUCAUCUACAUGACCCGAUGGAGGCUACAUGGAGAGAAUACGUAUCCCAUGGUUCUUGAGUACCGGCCACGUAUCGACUUUGGCUGAACCACGGCUGCAAGAAGAGGACCACACACAUACAUAUAUAUACAUAAAUGCACACACGCUUAUGCAGACAUAAAUACCAAGUAUAGAAAACAUUAGGAAUACCGACAUUUCCACAUGGACAAACACAAAUACACAUAAACACAAACACCAACAUACACAUGCCCACAAUGUGCAGAGAAAGAGAAAGAUUUUAAUGUAUUUUUGUACAGCCAAUGAUGAAGUGCAUACGUUGUUAUGGUAAAGAGGUUUUAUGCUACAUAGAAUAAUAUAUGCUAUAAUAUAUGAUAUUUUUAAAUGUAUGUCCCUGUGCCUAAAAACCUGUUGAGAUCAGAAAUGAAGUAUGACCAUAUCUUCACUUUGCCUGUCUAACUCUGUAGAUUAAAUGUUGAUUUUCUACUGUU